UCGUCGGAGCUCGGCACAUUCCGGCUGAUUCCGUCAUGGUGCUCCUUCGUCUCAGAGUUGAGCGAGUGGCGAAUCGGCAGUCGGAGAAAUUCACCAACAGUUGCACAAUGGCAGACAGGUACCAGGAACAGCUGCAGCAAGAUUCACAGUUCCUCUGCUCUGAGCAGCACGUGGGCACUGAGCUCCUGGACAAACUCGUGCUCCAGCUGAACCGCAUUUACCCCCAGAUACUGACAGACAGGGAAGCACAGAAAUUCCGUAACUUGAGUGUGCCUGCAGCCACACGUUUGACUGAGUUGCUGAGCCAUCUGCAGGGGAAAGGGGAGGAGGCAUGUCAUGAGUUUUAUCGAGCACUGCACCUUCAUAAUGAAGACCUCUACCUUAGUCUGCCUACUCGUGUGUAUCGCAGAGAGGCCCCAGAACUAAGUGGAACUAACCCUAAACCCUUCCACAAGGAGCGCUGUGUGCUUAACGACAGGGGUCCUCUUUUCUUCCUCUGUUGUUUCAGCAUAGCUUUGGGGUUGGCUUUACUUCACUACCACAGGGAGGGAAAGAUUGUGACUGGUUCUGUCCUCAGCUGUACAGCGUUUGGACUGGGCCAACAUGCUAGGCAGAUACUUCUGUCGUACAGUGGAACCAAAAUGGAAUAAAGAAAAAACGAAGAAGCCCAUACUCAUCCCAGGACAGACAUCCUGUAUUUUCCUUUAUGCCAAACCAGGUUGAACAAACAAAUUCAACAAACAAAAUCUGUGUACAUUCUGUAAAUAAUGCUUUAGAGGGCGGGUGACUUGCUGAGAUUAGUUUUAAUUCCACAUAUUUAACACUAGUUUGUUCUAAGAACAAAUGUAGUCUUUGUAUGCUCUCUAAAAGAGUGUCAUUUUAGGCUGCUUGAUUUAAAACCUUGUAAUGUGUUUAGGUUUGCAGUUACUCAGCAAGAUUGCUUUUAUUAUUUACUUGUCUGUGGGCUUUGAUAGAUACGUCAUGGCACAUAAAUGAGGCCUCAUACCUGACCACCUUACUUACAGUUAACCUGGUACUGUAAGGAACUCAUUUUUAAUGUUGAAUAACCAAGUACUCACAUGCUGAUCAGUGCCUUACUCAGGGGCAGAUUUAGUGAUUCUUGGGCUCUAGGCAAAAGAGAAGAAUAGGAUGUCUAGUAGUUAUGUUGGUGGGUGGUAUAGUGUAGUGGGUACCACCUCUGCCCUCCAUGCUGUAGACUGGGGUUUAAUUCCCUGGUUGGAUAAGCACCCUAGACUAUAGCAAUAAGAGUCGAGUCCUUGGGCAAGACUCCUAAUGCUAACUUCACCUACCUGUGUAAAAUGAUGACCACAUUGUAAGUCACUCUGGGUAAUAGUUAUGUGUAGUGUUUCUCAUGAUGAGAAAUACAGAAAUAUUAUAGAUUAUCGUUUUCUUAUCAUUUUUCUUCUUUUAAGAAAUAAAGCUUGAAACAAGCAAAAUUAUCUGCCCACACAGUGAGAUAAUUUAGGUAAGAGUAGCAUAAAAGUAAAACAAGCAGAUCAGUAAUGAGAACAUUUUUUUCCCAGGAAGUGGUCAUUGACAUAAAUCCAUUACAAUUUGAGAGAAUGGAUUACUUUUUUGAGUAAUUACCCCAAACUGGAGCUGUCUAUGCUAACAUAAACAUUAGCGUAAUGUAUGGUCUCCAGAGCUUGUGCAGUGCUCUGUUCUAACUGAAAAAACACAGUUAUCUUUGGGAGUGUAAUGACAAACUUUUUGCUUUCCUCCCAAUUUUUGUGUUUCUUGCAAAUAAUAGUUAUUUUUAAAAUGUAUAUAUUUUGGAAUAGAUUAUUUAAUGUCAACACAUGUAUGUAAUUUGUAUUUAAAUGGGGCUCUUGGCUGCUGGGGGCUCUAGGCAGCUGCCUUACAUUGCCUAGUGUAAAGAUGUUGGGGCUAGGCUGAAGUUUCUCUCGACUCCCUUGAGAACACCGUAAAAACAACAUCUUUCUACAGUUAACAAUGAAAACCUUAACAUGUUUACUCCUGCUACCCAUCAUACCAAACAAAACCACUGAUAACUGGUCAAGUUUUGUACUGUUUUUCCUUAUCCUCUCUCUCUAAACUUUGCACUCAUGUCUACAGCUAUGAAUAAAAUGUUCAAUUAA